CUAGAGCGUAAGAGAGCAGGAGACAGCCACGCCGCCGCUUCAGAUCCGGCCGAAGCAAACUAAAUUUCCAGCACCGCCACGAUCUACAGCAUCGUUUUAAGCGUCGAGAUUGGAGGCGCAGCCCCCUUCCAGGAUCGAACAGACUAGGUUUCCUCGGCGGCAGAUUUUUGUAAUCUGAUAGGAAGAGCUGCUGCCUGAGCUUCUCCGAUCGACGACCCGCCGAUCGAGUUCUGCUUGCGUGCCUUGUCCUUGCCGUGAGAAGAGCGAGCGAGGAGGCAUCAUGGACGUGCCCGACGAGCGGAUCCUAUGGCCGGCCUCGGUUCUCGCCGGGGUCGCCAUGUGCGCCGCCGUGUACGACUUGACUCGCCAGGUUAGCUCCCGGUGCUUCAAGGGCUACAACGGGUUAAACGAAAUGCACAAAGUCGAGUGGAACAAUAGGGGAUUCUCUACGUUCCACGCAUUGGCUGCUGCAGCGGUGUCAUUUUAUCUGCUGGUCAUAUCUGACCUCUUCAGUGAGGACGCUCAUAGCGCCAUCAUGAUUGGCAGAAAGUCAUGGCUAUCUGAUGCUAUGUUCGGGGGAUCUCUUGGCUACUUCAUGACAGACUUGGCGAUGAUCCUGUGGUAUUUCCCUCGCCUAGGUGGAAAGGAAUAUCUAUUGCAUCAUGGGCUUUCCAUGUACGCAAUCUCUCUUGCCCUGCUCAGUGGCAAGGGACACUUCUACAUCCUCAUGGUCCUCUUCACUGAAGCGACCACUCCCUUUGUAAACCUCAGAUGGUAUCUGGAUCUUGCUGGUCGGAAGGGUUCUAAACUCUACCUGUAUAAUGGACUCGCUCUGUUUGUUGGAUGGCUGGUUGCUCGGAUCAUAUUGUUCGUGUACUUCUUCGCCCACAUGUACCUUCACUUCGAUCAGGUGAGGUCGGUCUUCCCGCUGGGUUUCUACAGCAUACUGACGGUGCCGCCGGUGCUCUCGCUGAUGAACCUCCUCUGGUUCUGGAAGAUAUGCAAGGGGAUGGUGAAAACGCUCUGCAAAGCGAAGCAGAGCGCGAGUGCGAAAACGGAUUAGGCUGUAGCAGCAACAGAGACAGACUUUUUUUUUUUUUGACAACGCAACAGAGACAG